AGUAAAUGUGUCUAUGUUAAAGUUAAUAAAAUUGUGAAUAAUUAUAAAUUGGUACAAUGGGUCUCUUCUCAGACUCCCUUGUUUUUGAUUUAGUCACAAUAAUUUCUACUAUUGUGGUUGUGUCAAUUGCUUACUGUAAAUGGAAAUUAUCUUAUUGGAACAACACCGGUUUGCCAACCUUGUCACCAGUAUUCCCAUUCGGAGACACAAAAGAUUUAAUUCUUGGACGAAAAUCUUUUGGUGAACAAUUUCAAGAUUUGUAUAAUAGAAUAAGGGCCAAAGGAUGGAAACAUGCUGGUGUAUAUCUCGGCAUUAAACCAUUCUACCUCCCAGCUGAUCCAAAAAUCGUCAAACAUAUUUGGCAAGUUGAUUUCCAACAUUUCGUCAAUCAUGGCAAUUACAUAAACGAACAGGAUGAUCCUCUUAGUGGACACUUAUUUAAUUUAGAAGAUGCAAAGUGGAAAGAAAUGAGAGUUAAACUUACUCCUACUUUCACUUCAGGAAAAAUGAAAAUGAUGUUUCAAACUCUCGCUGAUUGUACACAUGGUUUGAAGACAAUUAUGAAUGAAUAUGCAACAAACGGCACUCCACUUGAAAUUAAAGACAUUUUGGGUCGUUUCACAACUGAUAUUAUCGGCUCUGUUGCAUUCGGUCUUGAGUGUAACAGCCUCAAAGAUCCAGAAUCGAUUUUCAGAAAAUACGGAAAAAAAGUAUUCAAAAUAGAAGGAUGGGAAAGAAUAAAAGUUUUGUUGCAAUUCGCUUUGCCUCACAGUUUGUUGCGUGCGAUAAAAUUCAAAGGAACAAAAUCGGAGGUUGAAAAUUUUUUCAUGAAAGUAGUGAAUGAUACAAUUGACUACAGAGAAAAAAACCAAAUAUACAGGAAAGACUUUAUGCAUUUGUUGCUACAGUUAAAAAAUCGAGGUAAAAUCACUGAUGACGAAAAAAUCAUUCAAGAGAAUGGAAAAACUGGUGAAAAAGCUUUGACAGUAAAUGAAGUCGCGGCACAAGUUUUUGUAUUUUUCAUUGCUGGAUUUGAAACGUCUUCUACUCUUAUGACAUUUACUCUUUAUGAACUAGCAAUGAAUCCUGAAAUUCAAGAAAAACUUCGUGAAGAAAUAAACACAGUUCUGGCUAAACAUGACAAUAAAAUAACGUAUGAAGGAAUGAUGGAAAUGACGUAUAUGGAAAAGGUUUUGCACGAAUCUUUAAGAAAACAUCCACCCAUACCAUUUAUGUUCAGAAAGUGUACAAAAGACUACACCAUUCCUGAAACGUCCGUCAAACUAAGCAAAGGGGACGACGUUGGUCUCUCUAUUGUAGGAAUACAUAACGAUCCUGAAUAUUACCCAAAUCCUGAAAAAUUCAUUCCUGAAAGAUUCAAUGAAGAAAAUAAACAUGCAAGACCCCCUUUUACAUGGCUUCCAUUCGGUGAAGGACCAAGAAUUUGUAUUGGUUUGCGAUUUGGAAUGUUACAAAGCAAAGUUGGAUUAACAGCGCUUUUGAAGAACUACAAAAUAUCACUAAGUUCGAAAACUAAAUUGCCUAUAGAAUUAGAAAAAGGUGGACUGGUUAGAUCAGUAGAAGGGGGCAUGUGGCUAAAUGUUGAGAAACUUAGUGGAGUGCUAUUAUUGUGCAAAGUUUUAAAAAUAUUUUUAACCACAAUGACAAUCAUCACAGAAUCCCUUAUUUUCGAUAUCGUUACAAUUAUUUCAACAAUUGUAGUGGUGACAAUCGCUUUUUAUAAAUGGAGGCUAACCUACUGGGACCGUGUAGGGUUACCAACUUUGUCACCUAUACCAUUUUUCGGUGACACGAAAGAGGUAAUGUUGGGACGUUCAACUUUUGGUGAGCAGUUUCAAGAUCUAUACAAAAAAUUUAGAGCAAAGGGUCACAAACAUGGAGGUGUUUACCUUGGAAACAAACCAUUUUACCUUCCUACUGACCCUGAAAUUAUUAAACAUAUCUGGCAAAAAGAUUUCCAACAUUUCGUUAAUCAUGGCAAUUAUUUCGACGAAGAGGCCGAUCCACUAAGUGGACAUUUGUUCAAUUUAGAAGAUGCAAAGUGGAAAAAUAUGAGAGUGAAACUAACCCCGACUUUUACCUCUGGAAAGAUGAAGAUGAUGUUUCAGACUUUGGCUGACUGUACACAUGGUCUUAAAGACAUUAUGGAUGAAGGUGCAUCCAGUGGUAGUCCUGUUGAUAUUAAAGAAAUUUUAGGCCGUUUUACAACUGAUAUUAUUGGAUCGGUCGCUUUCGGUCUUGAGUGUAACAGUCUCAAAGACCCAAAUACAUCAUUCAGAAAGUACGGAAAAAAGAUAUUUGAAGUAAGUCCAGGGCGUAGACUUAAACUCUUCAUGCAAUUCAUCCUACCAGAAAGUGUUCUACAUGCUCUGAAAUUCAAAGUAACACCAGAUGAUGUUGAGACGUUUUUUAUGAAAGUAAUUCGAGAUACAGUGAGUUACAGAGAAAAAAAUAACAUAUAUAGGAAGGACUUCUUGCAUAUGUUAAUACAACUGAAAAAUCGUGGAACAGUGACAGAUGAUGAUAAAAUAAUUGAAGACAAUGGUAAAACUGGAGAGAAAGCACUGACAAUUAAUGAACUUGCCGCUCAGUCGUUCGUCUUUUUUGCGGCUGGGUUUGAAACGUCUUCCACAACUAUGACAUUUGCUUUGUUGGAAUUAGCGCUCAAUCAGAAUGUUCAAGAAAAAGUCAGAGAAGAAAUAAACACUAUUUUAGCCAAAUCUAACGGUGAAUUAACUUACCAAGCAAUCAUGGAAAUGAGUUAUAUGGAUAAAGUUUUGCACGAAACUCUGAGAAAGUAUCCUCCUGUACCAUUUUUAACCCGUCGAUGUACAAAGGACUACACCAUUCCUAAAACAUCCAUCAAACUCAGAAAAGGAGACCAUGUUGGUGUCUCCAUUGUAGGCAUACAAAACGAUCCUGAGUAUUAUCCUGAUCCUGAAAAAUUCAUUCCUGAACGAUUCAAUGAAGAAAAUAAAAAUUCGAGACAUCCUUUUACGUGGAUGCCAUUUGGUGAAGGACCGAGAAUAUGUAUUGGCUUACGAUUUGGUAUGUUACAAAGCAAAGUCGGACUGACUGCACUUUUGAAAGAUUACAAAAUAACAUUAAGCUCGAAGACUAAACUACCAAUAGAAAUGGAGAAAUCUUCUUUCAUUACAUCAGUAAAUGGAGGUGUAUGGUUGAAUAUUGAGAAGCUGAAUUAAAUUAUAAUUUGGUGCAAUUUCAUCAAAAAUUACAAAUAGUUUUUUAUUAAAUUUAUAAUUUGUCUACUUUAGCUAUAAAUUAUGAACUCAAAAUGGUUACAAAUAAAUGACUAUAAAUUUUA